GUAGCCUGUGUAAACCUUGUAACGUGGACACACUGCUUUGUAAGUUAUUUCCUUUUCUCCAUAGUUUUCUCCAUUAGAUUACAGCAAUGGCGUACAGGAAUGGAAGAAUAGGAAGGCGAAUAAGCUUUUGUACAAAAAGAUGCCUAUUACUAACUUUAGUAAUCGGUUCCGUUUUGUUGCUUUUCGUUGGAAGUCAAAUCCGCCUCGAUUUUCAAGAAGCGUCCUUGUUUCGCAAGGUUAAACUUGUAAAAAAUAGCUGGUUUGCGAGAAACUAUGUUGGAAGUUGGAUACAAGGUAAACUGCUGUCUCUCAAGUGGGAAAGUUACGUCGAUACUUACUGCAAAAAAGGAAAGAGUUUAGCUUUGGGAAAAAGCUACACAGAGGAAGAUUACUUGCAGUGGACUCCAAAGAUUGGCGAGCAGUUAGGGUUUGAAAACGGGCACUCGAUCUUUGACAAUGGUUGUGGCUGUGGAGCUUUUCUUUCAGCUUUUAACCAAACUUACGAAAAUGUAAAACUCGGUGGUCUUGAUCUAAGUACCGGGGCAAUAAAGUUUGCUAGAGAGAUAUUUCCCGAUAUGAAAGACAACUUCAAAGUUGGGACAGUUGAGGAUCUUUCUUUCGUCCAAGAUGCUUCUUAUGAUCAUUCGAUGACUUUUUUUACCUUUCCAUACGUAAGCCCCGAGAAACAAUGCAAAGCUGUAAAAGAAAUGCUUCGAGUCGUCAAACCUGGAGGAUCUUUGUACAUCGGCCACAAUCUCGAGUCAGAUUGCAAAGACAAGACCCAUAUUGGGAUUUUCACGCUACCAUUGUGCUUUUGGAACGAGAAAUGCUUAAAGGAUCAGGAUGAUGUGAAAGAGAUUUAUUACGUCAAGGAAAGAGAUUUGUUUGGUAUUUCAAAGUAUUGUCCUGAAAAGAGUGCUGUUUUUGUCUAUAAAAAGGAGGCGGUCAAAGUACCUGAACAUAGUAAUAGCUAUACUUGUAAUAGUAAAUACCCCCCUUCUGGUAGGAAAUCUUAGUAGGGCUAGUGGGGACUUUAUCAAUUUAUAUAUAGAAAAACUGCUUAUUAUUACUUCUAAAAAAUAAUUAAGUUUCAGGAAAAUUUGCAGCCAAAUGGAUAGUCAAACUCAAUGGGAGAAAGUAUGAGAAAAUAUUAGUGCUUGGCAUGGGCACACAUCCGUGCAGGCAAAAGAAUCUUGUAAGAAUGUAAACAUUGACAACUGGCCAUAUAUGUAUGUAUAAUGUUUAACACAUACAAUGUUUCUUACACACUGUAUAUUAUAUACAGUAUACCCACUGGUUACCUAAUUGUACAGUGGACACUUAUCCAUGGACCAUAUAAUUAAAUUCAUGUAUAUGUUUAUUAGCUCCAAAUUCACAUUUAAAAUUAAAAAAAGAAAAAAAAUUUCCCAA